AUGACAGCGUCACCAACACUUUUAGCAUCUUCAUUCUCCACCGGCCCCGACACAUCGUCGCUCAGUGUAUUUUCAGAUGGCCCCAAAACAAGGUUCAAAACUGUGGUUCAAGCAAUGCAAAUCACCGAGGACAACGGCACGUGGGGCCCAGCAAACGACACAUUUACAGUCUACGUGAUGGGCGAUGAUUUUUCCUCCAAUUUGCCCAAUUACGGCCCCGACGUCACGGUGCGAUUCCUCCCCAUGAGCGAAAUGUCGCAGAUAAAGAAUAAGGAAGACAAUGUGGUGUAUCAGACGGAGCGACUUGAGUUUGUGCUCACGCUGGUUAAUGGGACGGAGACUUGGACCCAAGGUGCGCAGCAAUGGCUUUUAACCGGUGAAGUGUCUGAGAUGUCUCGUAACGUGGCCACUUCAAGCGGGAGCAGUGUUGUUAAAUGGUGGGCGGCCCUUUUGGUUGUGGUCCAGGCGCUUUGGGGAUAG